UUAAGCAGCGACGGUAGAGGGACGGCUACGGCGUCCCCGAACAUUCCAACGAGUUGCCGUAGUAGUGGUAAUCCACUAUCAUUAAGCAACAUUGUAACUGUCAACGGCUACUUCUUGCGGACAUCUUUCUGUAUUUCGUAUUCUGUAUUCGUCCACCUGAUCCGAUGUUAAAGGUUUUUUUUAAACUAAAAGUAUCUAAAAGUACGUAUUAGGUCAUUAUGUCUCUUAAAAUGGCCCGAGAGCAUUUGAUAUUUGCGUUGGAUGACAACUUAAUUACGGACGAGGAGUUUGUAUUACUCUACGAAGAGAACCGGUCCAGCAAUUUAGACUUGCCAUACAACGAUUAUAGACCCUUUAAUCUGGUCGAAAUGAAGGACGAUGAAUGCCUUGCGGAGUUCCGGGUAAGAAAAGCAGACAUACCACUGCUGGUGGAGGCUCUCGGCAUACCCACCGAGUUCGUCUGCGAGCAGAGAAGUGUGGUGGAUGGCACAGAGGCGCUGUGCAUGUUACUGAAGAGGUUAGCAUACCCAUGCCGUUACAGCGACAUGAUGCAGCGAUUUGGGCAGCGACCAGUACCAGUCUUGUGUAUGGCAACGAAUUGCGUGCUGGAUUUCUUAUAUGAUAUUCACCAUCACAAAAUUACUGAGUGGAACAACAGUAUUUUGAAUCCAGUCGCUUUGCAAACAUAUGCGGACUGCAUCCAGCAGAUGGGCGCACCACUGGACAAUUGUUUUGGCUUUAUUGACGGCACAGUACGACCUAUCGCCAGACCGGGAUUAAACCAACGGGUGUUGUACAAUGGCCACAAAAGGGUACACAGCCUAAAAUUCCAGGCAGUUGCCAUCCCAAAUGGCCUAAUCGCCAAUCUGCAUGGUCCAGUAGAGGGAAGGAAACAUGAUUCUGGCCUUUUAGCAGACUCUGGUUUGCUACCUGUGCUGGAAGAGCAUGCAGUGUCCCCUGCGGGACAUCCAAUGUGCCUAUAUGGAGAACAGGUGUUGUGUCGAGAUCGGUUUCCCCAUCGAGAUGUGUUUCCCCUAGUCCCCGCCCCCGUCCGAAAUUACCCGAAGAGCGAAGGAAGCGCGCGUACACAAAAAGCUCGCCCACGAGCUGCUGUGCUCGUACCACAGAGGCACUACGGAGAGAGCUAAGGUUCAAAACGGACUUUUUUUUAGCGAGUUUUAUCUGAAGAUGUUGUAUUGUAGAUUUCUAUCAUUAAAUUCAUUUAUUUCCGUGAGAGACUUUUCAUUUUGAAUGUUAUGGACUUUUGGAAGGAAGUGUGCUCAUUCAUAAUACUUUCAGAUACAGUUCCCCCUCUGUUCCAUAGGAAAGGAGGCUCACACAUCUUUGAAAUUCAUACUGCUGACUUCUUUCCCCACAACAGAUAAGUGCUGUGAUUUUCAGGCUGAUAUCACUCAAUUUGACCAUUUAGAACAGGGGGAACGCAUCCUGACAGCUUGGAAUAUUACUGUCAGAUACCGUUCCCCCUCUGUUCCAUAGGAAAGGAGGCUCACACAUCUUUCAAAUUCAUACUGCUGACUUAUUACCCCACAACAGAUAAGUGCUGUGAUUUUCAGGCUGAUAUCACUCAAUUUGACCAUUUAGAACAGGGGGAACGCAUCCUGAUAGCUUGGAAUAUUACUGUCAGAUACCGUUCCCCCUCUGUUCCAUAGGAAAGGAGGCUCACACAUCUUUCAAAUUCAUACUGCUGACUUAUUACCCCACAACAGAUAAGUGCUGUGAUUUUCAGGCUGAUAUCAUUAAAUUUGACCAUUUAGAACAGGGGGAACACAUCCUGAUAGCUUGGAAUAUUACUGUCAGAUACCGUUCCCCCUCUCUUCCAUAGGAAAGGAGGCUCACACAUCUUUGAAAUUCAUACUGCUGACUUAUUACCCCACAACAGAUAAGUGCUGUGAUUUUCAGGCUAAUAUCACUCAAUUUGACCAUUUAGAACAGGGGGAACGCAUCCUGACAGCUUGGAAUAUUACUGUCAGAUACCGUUCCCCCUCUGUUCCAUAGGAAAGGAGGCUCACACACCUUUCAAAUUCAUACUGCUGACCUAUUACCCCACAACAGAUAAGUGCUGUGAUUUUCAGGCUGAUAUCAUUCAAUUUGACCAUUUAGAACAGGGGGAACGCAUCCUGACAGCUAGGAAUAUUACUGUCAGAUACCGUUCCCCCUCUGUUCCAUAGGAAAGGAGGCUCACACAUCUUUCAAAUUCAUACUGCUGACUUAUUACCCCACAACAGAUAAGUGCUGUGAUUUUCAGGCUGAUAUCACUCAAUUUGACCAUUUAGAACAGGGGGAACGCAUCCUGACAGCUUGGAAUAUUACUGUCAGAUACCGUUCCCCCUCUGUUCCAUAGGAAAGGAGGCUCACACAUCUUUGAAAUUCAUACUGCUGACUUAUUUCCCCACAACAGAUAAGUGCUGUGAUUUUCAGGCUGAUAUCAUUAAAUUUGACCAUUUAGAACAGGGGGAACACAUCCUGAUAGCUUGGAAUAUUACUGUCAGAUACCGUUCCCCCUCUGUUCCAUAGGAAAGGAGGCUCACACAUCUUUCAAAUUCAUACUGCUGACUUAUUACCCCACAACAGAUAAGUGCUGUGAUUUUCAGGCUGAUAUCACUCAAUUUGACCAUUUAGAACAGGGGGAACGCAUCCUGAUAGCUUGGAAUAUUACUGUCAGAUACCGUUCCCCCUCUCUUCCAUAGGAAAGGAGGCUCACACAUCUUUCAAAUUCAUACUGCUGACUUAUUACCCCACAACAGAUAAGUGCUGUGAUUUUCAGGCUAAUAUCACUCAAUUUGACCAUUUAGAACAGGGGGAACGCAUCCUGACAGCUUGGAAUAUUACUGUCAGAUACCGUUCCCCCUCUGUUCCAUAGGAAAG